AUGUUCUGCUUUACACUCAAGAUUAACACACAAGGCUGCGUUGGUCGGUGCUGCAAUGUUGACUUGAACAAGAUAGAGUUCGACGUCUACGGCAAAUGUGCUGCCAAGUCUGCAUCCAUCAAGGCCCUUGUCAACGGCAAGUUCACCAGCGUCGGCCCCAACAUUUAUCGGUACACCAUGCCGGACGGCAGCUACAGGUUCAUACUGCGCCUGACAAACUUGAACAUGGGUUUAUCGGACAACAACGCUGAGCUCUGCCUCAACCUCACGGCUGGUGUGAACGACGCCGGCUGCGAUACUCUGGAAGAGUUCUGUGUGCCGCCGUCAGCUAGCUCUCCUCCAGGGACAUGCCAAGUAGCCCUGUUCAACAGCGCUGACAGCACCGACUCAUGUUGCCCUAUCCGCUAUAUGAGGAAUGAGUUUUGCCCUCUGGCUGGCAAUAUGGCGAUUUACGUGGAACCACAACCAGGGGGCAACACCUGCUUGAACUUCGAAGACUACAAACAAUGCGAACCACCAACAAAGCCCUUCCCCGCGUGCAACUGCAACACAACCGUUGCCACCACGCCGUUCUACAUAUCGAGCAGUGUUACUACGGAGGCGGGUCGUACUCCGAGUACUAGUUUGUACUGCUUCACCGUAAAGCAGGUUCCAGUCGAGCGCCUUAUCCGCCGGCCCUCCUGCGGCCCCACGGGCGUGUUGGAUAAGGUGGAGGUCUACGCGGAUGAGAAGCGGCGCCGCAACAUCACCGGCAUCAGGGUCACACCCAACGGAGGUCCAACACGCUGGCUGUCGCCGUCGUGGGGGGCCAACGGAACAAACACACUCAAAGCCACACCCCUGAACUGGAAUCUGACGUCGGCCAUCGGCGCCCAAGUUUGCUUGGAGCUCACCAUACCCCUGGACACAUUCUGCCUGGGGGAGCGUGUGUGCUAUAUGAGCCUCUUCAACGAGAAUAACAACUGCUGCCCGACAUAUCCCGCAACAUUGCCGUACGAGCCGGACUUCCCGGUCAUUGACCCGUUUCCGGCCAUUGACCCGUUUCCGGCCAUUGACCCGUUCUACGUCAUGAACCCGUAA